AUGGGAAAAGUUACCCGAGUGAAGUAUAUAAAAUCAAAGUUGUUUUUUCAGAAGUAUAGAGUACCAAAAAUAAUACCCAAGGUACCAAGAGAAAGAAAAGAGCUGCUUCCAUUAUUGGCAGUGGUGUUGGAAAAUGAUCAGAGCAUUUUAUUUUUUGUUUUCUUCUCUUUGGGAAACCGUUUAUGCUUAUUAUGCGUAUAUACAGUUGAGAUAUUUCUCUUACAUGCGUUUUUUCGGAAGGUGUGCUACAUCAAAGUGUGCACUACUCGGGUCCGCACAGGGAUCUCGCAACUCUUUAAAAUUCUUUUGCCGUCUCUCUUCCUCCAGCCGUAG